GAAUAUCGAUAUCCAUAUCCCUAGCGCCUCUAUAAUCAGUUAUACUUAGAGCUUUCUCCUCCAACAAUUCGGUAAAACAUGGCAGAAACUCAACUAGAGAAAAGUGCCUCAACCCAGCAUGUGAAAGCUCUCAAUGACUGGCUUCCCAUCACCAAGUCUAGGAACGCUAAAUGGUGGUACUCUGCCUUUCACAAUGUCACUGCCAUGGUUGGUGCUGGAGUUUUGGGCCUGCCUUAUGCCAUGUCCCAACUUGGGUGGGGUCCUGGUGCGGCUGUGAUGGUGCUAUCAUGGCUCAUUACUCUAUACACACUCUGGCAGAUGGUGGAGAUGCAUGAAACAAAGGAAGGAAAGAGACUUGAUCGGUAUCAUGAGUUAGGGCAGCAUGCUUUUGGUGAAAAACUUGGGCUCUGGGUAGUGGUACCGCAGCAACUGAUGGUAGAAGUAGGGGUAAAUAUAGUGUACAUGAUUACAGGAGGGAAGUCUUUGAAGAAAUUCGUUGAUACUGUUCGCCCUAACGGCCCGGAUAUCAAAACUACCUACUUCAUUCUGAUGUUUGGCUGUGUUCACCUUGUUCUCUCUCAUCUCCCAAGUUUUAAUUCUAUUACUGGAGUCUCUCUUGCUGCAGCUAUUAUGUCCUUGAGUUACUCAACCAUUGCUUGGGUUGCAUCAGUGCACAAAGGGGUGCAGCAUGAUGUGCAGUAUACUCCUAGGGUUUCAACUUCUACCGGACAGAUGUUCAGUUUCUUUAGUGCAUUAGGGGAUGUGGCCUUUGCCUUUGCGGGGCAUAAUGUGGUACUGGAAAUCCAAGCAACAAUCCCUUCCACACCUGAGAAGCCAUCCAAGAAACCCAUGUGGAAAGGUGUCGUAUUUGCUUAUAUCGUCGUUGCUUUAUGUUACUUCCCAGUUGCUUUCGCUGGCUACUGGGUUUUCGGAAACAAAGUUGAGGACAAUAUCCUCAUAUCACUAGAGAAACCGCGGUGGCUAGUUGCUGCUGCUAAUAUUUUCGUCGUUGUUCAUGUCAUCGGAAGUUAUCAGAUAUUCGCUAUGCCUGUGUUUGACAUGGUAGAAGCAUGUCUCGUGUUGAAGAUGAAUUUCAAGCCAACUAUGAUGCUUCGCAUUGUAACUCGAACUCUAUAUGUUGCAUUGACAAUGUUCCUUGGGAUGACAUUCCCAUUCUUCGGGGGACUUCUCAGUUUCUUUGGAGGAUUUGCUUUUGCUCCUACCACAUACUAUCUUCCAUGCAUCAUUUGGCUUGCUAUCCGAAAACCAAAGAGAUUCAGCUUAUCCUGGAGCAUAAAUUGGAUCUGCAUAACAGUUGGUGUGAUAUUGAUGGUGUUAGCCCCUAUUGGUGCACUAAGACAGUUAAUACUUCAAGCCAAGGACUUCAAAUUUUACUCUUGAUAUGGGAUUAUGGUGCUCUGAUCUUUUUGCUUCUCAUCUGAAUCCUUGCUGAUUGCUCCAACAUUUCAUUUCUAUUCCGGUUGUUAUGUUUAUAUUUUCUUUUUUAGAAUAGCCUUCAGCUCACCAAACUUUGGUUUUAUCUCUUUUCUUUCUUUGUUCCUUCUUUGCUUAAUCAAUGUAAAUAUGAUUUUGUU